CUGAGAGCGGCAAAUGGAAUGGAAGCACAGGGCGGCGGGCAGGGCGGCGCGGUACGGCAGGACAUCCAUGGCAGGACGGUCAUCGGUACCUUAAGGUGGAUAGGUAAGGUAUUCUGCCAGCUUCUUCGUCAUCCCGCUCCGCUGUCAAGCUUUCAAGCUUCCCCAGCUUGCUUUCUAUUUCAUCUGCUUUCGCCUCGCAACCAUCGAACACCCUCGACUCGGCCGUAUGCUGAUAAUCACCUCAACUUUUAACCCCCAGGUUCCUACUUGCUUGGCUUGCAUCCGCCGCCUUGCCUUGCCUUGCUGUAACCAAAGUCGUCAGUCGUCAGGUCAAAUCAAGUAGUCCAAAUGUACUUUUGCUAGAGCUGCUGCGACGGCUUGGAGCUUGGAGCUUGGAGCUUGGAGACCAUGCAAGGCAGCUUCUGCACGCCACGAUACCUCGCCGUCCGAACUUCUACUCGGUGACAUGAUCUUCUAUGACGACAAACCGCCUGGCGGCAAAAGCACACCGAAAAAGAAAAAGAUAUCCUAGGUGUGCCAUCGUAUACUGCUCAAUAUCGACCCUGGCGGUCGCGAAACUUCGCCAUGUCUUCCCACGACUCUCCCAGAACCUCGAUCGGGCCUUCAAUACUCCCCCUCAGCCUACGAUCUCGACGCGGUUCUCUUGCCUCCGUCUCGGGUCCAACUGCUGUGGAUAAAGAACAGCUUGCCCAAGCUCUCGACAAGAUCCACAGUACCGCCAGUCACUCGGAAACUCUGACGACUUUCAACGAGUUUGCAACGCCGCCGCCUCCAGCUACACAUACCGAGAGCAAAGGUAUUGCCGGGGAUAUCAUGCAAAAUGGUCUUACCGGACUGUAUAGUCGGUUUCGCGGUGCUGUUAGUGGCAGUAAAGAGAAGGCAGUUGCAGUUCCGGUCAACAAGGGAGACCAAGAAAGUAUCGAAAGUGUAUCUGUUCAUAGCCAGAAUGCUGGAGGAACCCCGUCCAAGGGCUCGGUUGCUGCCACACAAGACGGCAGCGCGGCUAGUGCCUCACCUGUGCAGCUAUCUACAGCAUCUUCGCGUCUCCAGUCUCCUACGACUUCGUCGUUUGCUGGGCUUUCGUCAGAGAGUCAGUCUCAAGCUAUGCAAUCAUCCAGGGCUUCUCUGGGAUCAACUCCUGCAACAGCACCUUCUACUUCAAAAUCUGGCCCUUCCAGCCGGCCAUCAAUAACACCCAUGACGAAAGCGAUCGCUUCUUCUGCUAUGGUCCCGACGGUGGUCCCGGUCAAUGUCAGUGCCUUUAAAGAUGGCGGAAAAGGUCGUAAGAUCAUAGACACCCAGAAUACAGAUGGUCCGUCUUCAAAAUCGACUGCUAAGCACGAAAACUUGUCUACAUUUGUGUUCGAUCCCAUGAACCGACCAGUCAGAGGUACGCUGGACGGCUCUGUGGUCUCGGAGGAUGAGCUUGACGAAGCAAAUGGAAUCGACACGUCGGAGAGUCUUCCGUCCCGCGACCUCAUAGUCGGAGAUGGUAGUCUUGAGACGGGAAGAAAACCGCUUGAGGCUUCCAAAACUGCGUCAUCGGCAUUGUCGUCGUUACGCGCCACUGAUCCAUCUCGUACAAACACUUCUUCGCGUUUCCCCGAUGGUCCAAAAAGGCCGGCCGCUAUUGAACGCAUCGCUCAAUCUCACCUCCCUGGCUACCAAGCCUCACGGGCGUCUUCAACAGACCGUAGCACUGCCGAGACAAGCCCUAUUAACACCUCGGCGCAUAAUAGUAUACGGCACGAGUCUUUUUCUCUUGAUGACACUCCACAGCAAGGAUACCUCGGCCGCUUCCGGAUUCCAGGUACCACAACAAACGAAGGAGCCCCGGAAGCUGUCAACACAAAAUUGGAGCAGAUGAGAAAGCAGGUCUUGAGUAAGGAAUUCUGGAUGGCAGAUGAGAUUUGCAAGGAGUGCUUCCUGUGCGGAGAUGCAUUCUCUGCAUUUCGGCGUAAGCACCACUGCCGUACCUGUGGGUGUAUAUUUGACUCGAAGUGCACUUACAUUAUAUCUGGCCAGCGGUUUGGCGUCCAAGGCUCACUGCGGGUCUGCAAGACUUGUCUUGAUAUCAUCAAUAGACGGCACGAUAGCAGCGGCUCUGACGACUCGGCAGAUGAUUCUGCUUUGCCCACGUUCUUUCAGACUCAGCAAGCAAAGUACGACUCGUCAACUCGUACCGAAAUGUCAGAAGGAAACAUUCAGGACGGCGCACAAACAGCUGAGGACAAAUCGAGGCCGCUCGCGACUCCCAUGAUGGCUAUCCCAGCUACUCGGAGAAUCGGGGAUUCCACAAAUCGCAGAUCUGCAGUACUUGAAAUAGAUGCUCCCCAGCUCAGUCGACCUAGCUCGUCUAGGUCUCUGAAAGCUUUGUCAGCUGCCGGACGUCCUGCUUCAUCGGGUCAUAAGAGGCAUCACUCCAAACACAACUUUCUUGGGCGGUUCAAGCCAAAUGUAGAUGGGAGGGCGCCUUUUCAAAGAGGUGUGGCGGAGGACCUGGGGAAAAAAUCGCGGUUGCCAGCAUUCCACGAUGACAACAUCAUUGAUCCAGACCUGGCACCUUACAUGUCUGACGAGGAAUCCAGUGGCGAUGAGCAAAUGAGUAUCUUUGCGACCAUGAAUAGUACCACGAUCGCAAGCCCAAGCUUCGAGAACGAUAGAUCUGGAUUUGGAUCCCUCUUGAGCGCAGGUAAAAAGCAUAGGGCACGCACCGGUGACAAAAGUGUCAGUGGCAUCAGCUUUACCAGCCGCGGGCUUGACGAUGUCACUGGCGGAAUGUCUAUUGGUGGCUUCACCAGACCAAAUCGGCGCCGUAACCUGAGUGCCGCAAGCAAUAACCUACACCUCGCCCGCAACUCUCCUAGGCAGCCAAUCCAGGGUUUCGGAAACCUGGACGAGGAAACAGCCACGGUUGACAAUAUGUCAGCAUCUGUGAGUCUCGGUCCUUCGAGAAUGACACGUAGCGCGUCUAUGAGAGAUAGCAAAGCACCCGCUAUUGAGUUGAACAAUGCUAGCUUACAUCACGUCCGGCGGCUACUGCAUCAGUUGUUGGAAGACGCCAGCAUACCUAACGUUGCAUCGUGGCAGAAUGCUCUCAUUCCGAUCUUGCUACAGUGCACGGAUGACGUGAAUCCCAACGUACGGCUUGGUGAUGAUAUUGACAUUCGCCACUAUGUGAAAUUAAAAAAGAUACCUGGUGGAAGACCCGGGGAUACAUCAUAUGUUUCAGGCGUUGUUUUCACAAAAAAUGUCGCUCUUAAAAGCAUGCCGCGCAGCAUAUCAAAUCCAAGGAUUGUCAUUGUCUCGUUUCCGAUCGAGUAUCAGAGACAUCAGCACCACUUUAUGAGCCUUGAGCCAGUCAUAGCUCAAGAAAAAGAAUUUCUGAGGAAUAUGGUCAAUCGUAUCGCAUCACUCCGCCCUCGGCUACUCCUUGUGCAGAAGCAUAUUUCUGGGUUGGCGCUUCAAUAUCUUGCGGAGGCGAACAUUACGGUUGUGUAUAAUGUUAAGCAAUCAGUCAUCGAGGCUGUAUCAAGAUGUGCCCAAACGGAGAUAAUAUCAUCAAUCGAUAUGGUAGCACUGAAGCCAGUUCAUAUCGGGAAGAGUGCUGGGUUUGAUGUCAAGACGUACGUCCACAACGACAUCCCUGGGCGGAAGAAGACUUACAUUUACCUAUCUGGCUGUCCGAAAGAACUAGGUUGCACCAUUGCUCUGCGAGGUGCCAACAUGGCCAUCCUCUCCAAGAUGAAACGAAUCACUGAAUUCAUGGUUUACGUCGUUUACAACCUCAAGCUGGAGACUUGUCUGAUGCGCGAUGAGUUUGUACUCAUCCCGUCAGUUCCAGAAAACAGUGGUAGCUUGUCACCAAGUCGCCUUCAAGCUAUGCAGACACUACAAUCUGGCGGGUCCGAUUCUGCUCACCAGCACGAACUUCUGAUCCAGGCAAGCGACAAGCUGCAAGCUGUUGCCGAUACCAAAGAGGCCUCCACAGGCCUUAGUGACUCGACAGAUGAUCCAGUUUUCCAACCUGCAUCCAGCAACAGCGAUAGUAACAGAGGAUAUUUUCAAGUUGCGCCGAGCAAUAAAUCUGACAUCCCAAUCGAGCCCUCCAAAGUCGUGUCUGCCCACGAAUCGCAUGCACAUGGCUCUCAUGACGAUCAACUUCCUGAGGACAUCCCAAUGCCAACAUUCUACAGCGAUAUGGUUGCAAAGCAUCGAACCAAGAUUCUAUCUGCUUCGCCGUUUGUCAAAUUUGUUCAGCCAUACUUGCUCAUGAGAUCUCGCGAGCAGGAGCGAAGGCUUUCAUACCUUAAGCGGCUACGGGACCAGGAUACUUUCGAGGAACAGACUGAUACUGAAAAAUCGAAGCCUCAAAAAUUCCAGCUCAUCAGACCAGAAAUGGUUCACGAAACAAUCAAGCGAGCGCCGCGCCAAAUAAUGGAAGUUCUACAUGCGGUUCAUGAUGCAGAGUAUGAUAAAGCCUUGCACAACUAUCAAACACAAAAGCGCCAGUGGGAAAACUACAUUCAAGGGAACUUGAACCUCUUCGACCCAUAUGCACACCAAAACAUAACAGUAUUGUAUACAGUGGUGUGUACUGCGACUACAAUUCCUUGUGCCGGUCCAGAACUGCUUGCGCUAGCUUUUUACAACGAGCACGCAGAAUUUGACCCAGAUUGCACGCUGGGACAGUAUGUUGAAGAUCUUUGUCUGAGUGUCAAUACUAUUUGUACCGCUAAUGGGUGUGAGCGCAAGAUGUCAGAGCAUCACAGGACAUAUGUCCAUGGCGAAGCACGCAUCACGGUUUUUGUCGAGAAGUCACCCUGCAAGCUUAAGGGACUUGAGGAUUCUAUUCUCAUGUGGAGCUACUGCAAAAUAUGUCAGAAAGAGACACAGGUCAUGCCCAUGUCGGAGAGUACAUGGAAGUACUCGCUUGGGAAAUAUCUUGAGCUGUCGUUUUGGAGCAGUGAACUGCGACUGCGAGCUGGAUUCUGUCCUCAUGACAUACAUCGAGAUCACUUACGGUACUUCGGCUUCCGCAAUGUUGCGGUUCGUAUUCAUUACGACCCUAUUGACCUGCUUGAGAUCAUCGUACCUCGAACAAGAGUCACCUGGAAAGUCGACAAUGACCUAAGACUAAAGAAUGAUUUGUUCACCAAGCACGAAGAACGAUGGAACCGAUUUAUGGUAUCUGUGCACUCCAGAAUCAAAGGCAUCAACAUAGAUAGCGUGUCACCUGAAAAGACCGACGCUUGCAAAGCAGAAGUCGACAGACUUACAAAACUUGCGCAGGAGGAACACUCGGCACUUAUCCGGAAGCUCCAGGAGAAAUACAUGGAGUCUAAAUACUACGAGAUCAUACCGCUGAACAGAGCAGUGCGAGCAAUGCAGGAAAAGGUCGCAGAAUGGGAUGACGCCUUCGCUGACUUUGACGCCAACUUUUUUCCGUCUGAGAAAGACAUCAGGAGGCUUGCUGCUCUUCAACUGAAAAAAAUGUUUAUAGAUAGAGAUGAAUCCUCGGCAUCCAUCACAGCCGAGACACAAGAUGUCGCUUCUGACAUGGAUGAAAAAUCUCCCCAUCCGUCCUUGGAACUGACUCGAAACCCCUCGAAUGUAUCUGUCGAAGAGGCGAAGGAUGUUCUAUCGUCUGUAGUUGAGGAAAACAACAUCACUGGCAGUCCUACGCUUACAGGUAGCCACGAGACUCUUGACACUGCUGCAGUGCAACCAGAGGUUUUGGCCUUGGAUCGCGAGGGAAUCGAUCACCUGGAUCUAGCUGUUCUACAGCAAAACAACGCACCCGAGCAACGGAUUCCAGAAACCCCUACGGAACUCUCAUUUCCCAUGGCUGCUUCAACACCCAAAAUUCAUCCUGCAGGAUUUUCUGGUGCUCCACUGGAGUCCACACUUUCAGAAAAGGUCGAAAAGCUGAGAAAAGCGCACCAACCAGCCUCAGGCGAACCUGUUGCACAACCCGACAUAACCGCAGUGUCUGGAAUUCCACGUCCCGCCGAUAAAGGUGCAGCAAGGCGAAGUGGCACAGCGGCAUCUCCUCCCAUGAACCGAACUCAAUCGCAACCUGCUGGUACGCUUCGGCGCCUACAACCAAGUGUCAGAGGGCAACUCAAGAACGGCGAUAGCAAAGCUACGGGCGACACUCUAGCUCCCUCCUUUGAUUCACUUAAACUGUCGGCGACGGAGUCAAUGAAACCAGACAAAAAGCUCUCGGAGAGGCUGGGUUUAGGUUCGAUCAAGACGCACCGAAAAGCGGCCCACUCUCUGAUCCCGCGCUCUGUGAACAGCAAGCGAAAAGAGUCGAAGGUCUCGACUUUGGCCAAACAUUUCGAGCAGCUGAGUCGGGAAUUUGAGAAAGAGCGCUUGCGAGACAGAAAGCAGCGGGCAGCGAAGGUUACUCAGUCACGCGCGUUCCCCAAAGCCUCGGCCAAGCCAAUUGUUGAGGUUUAUAAGGACGUGAACGAGGCUGUGGAGGAACGAGGUCCAAGCGAUGAAGCUUUGCGUACUGUACAACCUUCACAUCAAGACGCCGAACCCACAAGCAUCGUCGGCGGACUUGCUGGCUUAAAUAGAGAUGAUGCUACUUCCCGUGAACCAGCACCAGAUUCACCAACAGACACGGCUGCGACGGCGGAUGAGACUGCAACCGAGACAGACGACAACCAACAGAAUGCCAGCCAAGCAGGCUCUGACGAUGACGGUGCAGGCAGCGACGUGGACCAUUCUUUACUCGAUGAUAUUAUACCCGGGGCCGCGGAAAUUGCAGAGUCUUUAGGUGCAGGAAAGCAGAAUGUCGAUAUUCCUCUGGAAAUUCCAAAACAUGAAAAAUCAACUUUAAUGAAGAUGUUGACAAACUUCUGGGCUGAGAGGUCUGCCAGUGGAUGGACUCCUCUCGAAUACCCUCUCAACGCUGGCGACCACAUCUUUGCUGACGUGGAUGUCAUCGUGCGCGAAGAUGAACCUAGCUCUUUGAUUGCAUUUGCCCUCCAGACUCAAGACUACAAAGACAAACUAGCAAACAUUCGUUGCCAAGGCGAAGCCAGCACAAAAAAGGACGAUCAAAUUUCGCCGGAGCAGGAUGGUAUAUCGGAUGUCUGUGAGGAUGGACUAGAUCAGGCCGAAGUUGAGACAUCAUUACUUCGAGCCACCGGCACUCACCUGGCAUAUUCGUUCACUGAUGGAUCUGCGAAAAUGCAAUGCAAGAUCUUCUUUGCCGAACAGUUCGAUGCAGUGCGCCGGAAAUGCGGUGUCUCGGAUCGAAUUGUCGAGUCGCUUUCGCGAUGCUUAAAAUGGGAUUCCAAGGGUGGGAAGACCAAAUCCGUCUUCUUGAAGACCUUGGACGAUAGACUCGUCCUGAAAUCGCUAUCACCCAUCGAAACAGCUGCCUUCCUCAAAUUUGCGCCUGCGUACUUCAAUAUCAUGGCUGAGGCCCUCUUCCACGACCUUCCCACGGUCAUUGCAAAGAUGCUUGGGUUCUAUCAGAUCAUCAUCAAAAAUCCCGUCACUGGUACGGAGAUCAAGUGGGACGUUUUAGUCAUGGAGAAUCUCUUUUAUGAUCGGUCACCAACUCGGAUUUUCGAUCUUAAGGGAUCAAUGCGAAAUCGCAAAAUUCAGUCGACCGGCGAGCAAAACGAAGUACUUCUAGACGAGAAUAUGGUAGAGUUUAUUUACGAGUCACCACUCUUUGCGCGGGAGCAUUCUAAGAAGCUUCUUCGUGCUGCUAUUUUCAACGACACUUUGUUCCUACAAAGAAAUGACGUUAUGGACUAUUCCCUAAUGGUCGCAGUCGACGAGGCUAGGAAGGAGCUCGUUGUUGGGAUCAUUGAUGUCGUUAGAACCUACACCUGGGACAAAAAAUUAGAAUCAUGGAUCAAAGAUCGCGGCUUCGCCGGUGGUGGUCGUAAUCGUCCAACGGUCACGUCGCCGAAGGAAUAUAAAAGUCGCUUCCGGGAAGCUAUGAAUAGAUAUAUCCUGCAAGCUCCAAAUAGUUGGCACCAGUGGCAACAGAUGGACACCAAGCCUCAGAAAGAAACGAAGUUCGAGGCGGCUUCAGGGAAUCCGGGAGCCUGAAAAUGGGCGUAAAGGACGGCCACAAUACCAGUACAUCUGUUUCCCAAAUCGCCAGUGAGAUAUCAUAUGUCAAGAUAUUCUACAUCCCUCAGAUACUUUACCCGAUUCUUCCGCUGCUUCACACCAAACAUCUCAUUCUAUUCGUCCUGAAGCAUAUGCACGCACUUCGGUUGGUUAUCUGGCCUGAGAAAGUUAACUACGACCAGGAAGAGUCAUCAUUCCCAAUACCACUUCUGAAGGAAGUUCAAGGAACCAACUGGACGAAAUUUGCUACUAGGACGCAUCGAAAAUAACGGCAGGUUUUCUAGGAUUUCAUUUCCGUGCAUAAAAUCCUCUAGCUGUGGUCAACCAUACCUGGUUGUCUGGUCUGAAUAAAUUGACUUCGUUGAAGUGUCUCCCGCCAGCCUGUUACUCGCUCCAAGAAUACUUUCCAAGAGCAGUCUUUUCCUUUAUUUUUUCACCUCUCAACUUGCAUGAGACUUUCGAGCAAGAAAGAUGUGAUGGUACUAAUGGAGAAGGCUGGCUUACUACCCUCUUGGUUUCAAAUAAAUAUUGUCGUUUUCACCAGCCCCUUACCGCGCGUACCUAAAUGACACCCCCCGUUCUCUAUUGUGGUACUAUCAUUGUGCUUAUCACAACGGAGAACGAAGGCUGAAAUCUAAGUCUUGCAUCUAUGUUUUGCCUUGAUGGCUAGGUCAUCGCCACAUGCUAGGUCUCGCCUCGUAUUCAUAAACCGACGCCAUUGUUCGUACUAACAAAAAUGGGUAGAUUCUCACCUCGUACAGCCAUGAGAGGGAUUAUUGCCCCUGCUCGAACCACCGGGAAAGGAGCACCACUCACAAAAUCGUUUGGAUAUCGCCACGUCGAAGACAAUUCGGCGCCUCUAAGAGGUACCCUCUUCCUUCAGGUCUCUUUAAUCCACCACGUAUCAAGGACUCCAUUGUGCAGAGGGGUUCCGAGCUUGUGGAAGUUCAUGAGAUGACGUACGAUGUGCCUGGACUGACAAAUAGCUCUGUUCCGCGCUGGAACGAAACAUACGGAAAGCUCCUGUUGAUGACAAGUUGAGGCUGGCAGGCACCCAAAUUAGCCUUGCUGCGUAUUAAUAGCGUCCGACGGCCAUGAGCUUUCAAGAAUUGUAUGCUCUUCCUCGGAAUAAUGCUUUUGGAUCGUGCGUUCCGGGUAUUUGCCAGGUGUAGUGAUGCUGACGUCUGUUGAUAGGGGCUCAUACGUACAUGAGCAGGCUAACAGAACUGGUGACUCGUAUUUCCAGAAAUUGCAUGCACAGGAGCGCGAGUUAUCGGUGCCACCAUUCAGGCUUUUAUUUGUCUAGGCCACAACGUUGCCUCUCUAACCUCUCUCCGAGACGCGCACAUUCAUUGCGCGACCACUUCUUCUACUCUGUUUAAAGGCAAGCUCGACAGUCGUUGCAUAUUAUUUCUUCUAACCUCAGCGGUGCAUGCCUCAAAAUCAAGCGAUUGUCCCAUCUGGAUUGACCUGAGAUUUGCCUUGAUCAUUGCCUCAGUCAUUCUACAACUUUGAGAGCUCCACCUUUCUAGGUCCUACAUAUCCGAACAGAUGCAGACGGGGUAUUCACUCACGGUGGUGGCGGUAUAUAUGCUCGAAACUGUGUGACUGUCAGUUCCAUUGUUCUCUGGGAAACUGAAACUUUCUCACGCCUUGUGUCUUGAAUAUCCAAUUCCACCUACGACAAUCAGCACAGGACCACAAAGCGUCUCAGUGACUCUACUUACCGUGGAUUUGCAUGGCUCGAUCGGCUGAUUGUGUGCAAAGACGAUUCCCCCAGUACUAUCACUGGUUAGUCUCAGUCGGUCAUGCGACUUUCUCUUACAUUGCACAUGGACACUUUAUCUCCCAAGUCUCGUUCGAUCUCCCUUUGCGUCAUGCCGUCCAUCUCUGACGCCGUCUUCAGGAUCAGCAGCUUCAGCAUCGCUGCCUGGGUUGAAAGCUCGACCAGCGGAAACUGUAUGCCCUGAUUCGUCGCUAGUUCCUUCCCGAACGGCUUUCGCUUUCUUGCAUAUUUGAUGCUUUCUUCAAUACAGUACUCGGCGGCGCCAAGAGAACUCGCUGCUUGACGCAAUCGAUUUUCAUGGACAAAGGUCUGCGCAAUCGGAAGACCGUGUCCAACUGCCCCUAAUAUUGCAGAAUUGGGUACGAAUACAUCGGUCAGCAAUAAGGCUAGACGAUGCGUCAGUUUAUGUUCGAAAGAUAGUGAGGGCUCCAGACUCACUAGCAUGAUCAGUUGGCAUAUUAAACGUCCACUCGUAUGAUUCAACUUGAAAUCCUGGGGUAUUCUUUGGAACUAUAAAGGCAGUAAUUCCAAGAGCAUCCCCAGCCUUCCCACUUGUUCUUGCAAACGUUAUGCAAUGGGUAGCUCUCUGGAUGCCGCUAAUCCACAUCUUCCUACCAUUAAUUUUCCAUCCAUCGACGCCGUCCUUUUUGAGCCUUUCGGCGCUGGUGAACAUGUGCGUUGCAUCACUUCCGUGAUCUGGCUCUGUCAGGCCGAAAGCAAAACCAAACCUGCCUUCCAAUCUUCCUGUGAUGAAGUUUUUCUUUUGUUCUAUCACCAAGUAAGUAUAUGAUGCGGUUCACAGCUUGAUAUCAGACCUUGAGUCCCAAAUUCCUUCACCAUAAGCACAUCAGGGAAAUUUCCAACGAUACUAUGCUCAUUUUGCAAAUCAUUAAACAGUCCAAGUCCCUUCUUCGCCAGAUGCAUUCGAAUCGCAGCCAUCCAAAGAUUCCCACCAUUCUUGCCACCAAACUCCUCCGGCAAGGAGAAUCGAUAAUAUCCCGCCUCGUCGGCUAGUUUCCGUGCUUCAGCUAAAAGAUCUUCCCAUUCAUCGCGGGGUAAGCCUUGAUUAUCCCAGUUUGUUCGAGCAUGUUCUCGGCGAUGGUCAAAGAAUCGCUCGUUGUCAUUAGAAUAUUGUAAAGGGGCGAUUUUAGUGGCGAUAAAUUGGUCGAUUUCAGCGAGGUAGCUCUGGAGAUCUGGCGGGAGGGAGAAGUCCAUAACACCGUGGGAGGGGUUUGGAGGCAUUGUCUUAGGGUAGAGAUGAUUUCUGAACAAGCGCGGUUUGGUGAAUAUGAAGUCAGGAAGUAAUAUACAAACAAAAAGCCCAGUCUGCUCAGGUGGAAGUCAAUAUCAAUAUCGACAGCGACAAAAGUUCGACAUUAUCCAUGAUGAGAUGAGUCCACAAGGGCUCGGUUACAACAAGAGAAAGGCGGGGUUCAGCCUCGGUCGGCACCCAACAAUAAUACAGGGGAUGGUUAUGUUAUGAAGGGGGCAGGUACAAAGGCAAUCGGAACAAAGGGACAGGUGACAAGAAAGGACACGAAGAGUCUAAAAGCUAAUAGCAAAAAAACAAGGUCACCGCCGGGAUCGAACCGGCGACCUGCUGCGAUAUGAAGGCUGAGAGCCGUGUAAAGCAGACGUGAUAACCACUACAAAAACAUACGUGAGAUCCUGUAUUAGUCGCUACCUUACUAAAAACAAG